AUGUCUCUAGCUACGAGCGUUGACGCCCCUCUAUGCCCCGAUUGGGUGUUUGUUUCCUCCGCCAACCGCUCGCCUAAUCGUUCGGGCGUAUCGAACUAUGGGUCUAUCCACCUCCAGCAAGUCUUGCACGCCCCUAACGUUGUCUGCAACAUCAUCGGGAUACCGAUGUGCCAAAGAGAUGGGUACACAUUGUCAGUUCGCUCAGGGCAAGGGAAGUCGAACGGCACAAUUGCAGAUGAGAGGGGUAGACAAGUGGGGUAUCUCCGGCCCGGGGAGAAAUGGCUUCGACUCAAAGUGAGGGGCCAUCCUGUAGGGCCGCGGCUGGGAGCAAGUUCCAUGCAGAAAGGCCAUAUGUAUAUGCUUGGUGUUCAAUGGGAUGUGAGUGAACAGCGCAGAUGGCUGGGCUUCUUGGCUAGGAAGAGUUUGGUAAACGAUGCCCCAGAGAGUACGGCCCCGACCAGUACGACAGUGAGCGAUGAGGUCCCACCCCUUACAUCAGAUGAGAAAGACUAUUUGAAAAGGAACUGGGGCGACGAAUACCACCUCCUCAUCCAACAUGGUCUCAGCAUUUACAAGGACGAGGACCGUGCAGUAGGCCGAGAAUUGCUACGUGCCACCAGACUCAUGGAUGGUGAGGGCGAGGACGACGAGGACGAAGAGGACGACGAAGACGUCGACGAAUUCAGCUCCUUCGAAGGCCAUCAAGUGGAUUACAAUUUCUCCGAGAAGGAGCUCGACUGGAUAGAGCGUAACUUUGGCACAGCGGUAAACUUCAUGCAAACGUAUGGCCUGAAGUUCUACGUGGACGAAGAUUGCGAGGAGGCGAAGAUAAUUGCCCGUGCUAUGAUGGAGGAUGAUCAUGUUUGA